AUGUCGGUUCCCCCGGUCCCCCCGAUGGGUCUUGCAUCUGUUCACGGGGCCAUGAUUUCUGAUAUAGUUGUCACAAAUCGUCCCAACACAGGACGCGGCAAGAAGCUCACUCUAUUACAACUAAAUGUUCUGAAACGGCUUUAUGAGCAACAACUGCCCUCUGUACCACCUGGAGAGGUACCCGUGAAAAGCUUCUGGGUCAAUCUUGUGACCCUCUUUCGUCGGUAUACUGGUCGGGAAUAUUCCUGGCAAUCCGCGAAGCGAAAUAUCCUGGGGUCCACGAAUAAAGAUGAACCACAAAGGUCUAGCCAACCAACCUCGCCCGUCGAAGUAGCCAGCAAUGAGUCUCCAAUUAUUGAACCCUGCCCUCCGAUUGUUGUUGAUACGCCUGCACAACGGCGAAACUUGAGUGGAAAGUCGCAAUCACUAGAGAAACGAGACGAGACGCCAACGGGGCCACCAUUCCUCAACAGCCCCGCGUGUUCUGAGCUUGAAGAAAGCCCUGCCGUUGUCGGCGAAUGGACGCGAAGGACUUUGUUUCCCAAUGCAGCCAGGUCCAGCCAAAAGCCUGACAGCAUCCCUAAAUUACCCCGACUUUCUCAAUCUCGUCGUCGAUCACGAUCGCCUCAGCUUGAGUCGCACCCUGUGUACCGGUGUCGAUCACCCACGUCCAACAAUCGGGCCCAUGCUGUAUCAAGGAAACUGCAUCACCACUUAGGGUCCAUCUCAACCGCCGGACGUAAGUCUGGUUCCAACCCUGCACCGUCGUCCACCCUUGUGUUCCAACCCCGCAGUGAAAUGAAAGCUGCCUCAAGGAAGGGCAAUCUUCCGACAAACAAUCGUGACUCGAAUCUAUCGGGAAAAGAAAUCAGGAGGCAAUCAAAAACCCCCGAACAGCAGCAGGAGCCAGUCAGAAAGAGUCUCGAUGAUUCUCCAUAUCUAUCCGAGCCCGAUGAGUUGCCCCAAGCACCAGCUCUGAUAUCGAGGAGGUGUCAUGUCACCACGAAGAAUGAACCAUAA